CUACAUCUCGGCAGUCGUCGCCCACGCGGGGUAACAAGCUGGCGGCUGAUGCCGUGGCCGGCUCCAUAGUUGCGAGCCGUGGUAACCCGUCUGUGUGCUUGCCACUGUGCACUCCCUGCCUGAACCCCUGAAGUGCUAGAUAGGGCACGAAGUGUGCUCAACUAACUCCCUUGAUAAUUAGCACCACCAAAGAAGACAAGAAGCAGCCACCAUGUCGAGUUUUGAGCAAACCAUCACGCAGGCCGUCGAGGACCGCGAGGUGCCACCCGUGGUCCUCAUCGCCGGGGACAAAACAGGCAAGCUCAACUACUGCCAGUCAUACGGCAGCAUCUCCCUCGAGGGCGCCGGCACCGGCCCCGCCAUCGGGCCCUCGAGCACCCUGGCCUGGAUGUCGCUCACCAAACUCCCCACGGCCGUCGCCGUCCUGCAGCUCGUCGGCCGCGGCGCCCUCCCGCCGCUCGACGACCCGGCCGCCGUGCCCACACACCUGCCCGAGCUGGCCGCACUCCCCGUCCUCCUCGCGGGCGACGACGACGGCGGAGAAACAACAACAACAACGACGCCGCGCACCGCCCCGCUCACCCUCCGCCACCUGCUCACGCACACCUCGGGGCUGGCGUACCCGUUCCUGCCGGGCCCGCUGGCCGACCUGCUCGCGCGGCGCGGCGCCAACCCGCUCGCCGGCGUCGGCACGUCGGCGACGGUGGCCCAGCGCUUUGCGGCCCACCCGCUCGUCUCCCAGCCCGGCGCGGCAUGGGCGCCCACCUGCGCGAGCACGUGUGGGCGCCGCUGGGGCUGGCGGGCGACGCCGCGCCCACCUUCUUCCCCUCGGUGGUAG